AUGGUCAUCCUACCGGUACGCACCAAGAUCAGGGGACCUGCACCACCACUAGCCAACCCGAGUGAUAUGGAUAUUGUUGACGAAGCACUCGAUCUAUUCAAAUCGAAUUGUUUAUUUCGCAACUUUGAAAUCAAAGGUUUAGCCGAUCGAGUGCUCAUUUACCUCAUUUUAUUCAUAUCCGAUUGUUUAAAUAAGAUAUCACAACUUAAACCACAUCAAAAUAACCCUUCAGAGGCAUCUAAACAACUUUUAUCGUAUAGUUUGGACAACUUUUACCUACCGGGAGAACCGGGCUUCCCAAUGAACGGGAUUUAUGCCCCACCCAGGGAUAAGAUUGAUGCUGAUCUACUUCGUCAAUACCUUACCCAAAUCAGGCAAGAAUGUUCGCUUAGGCUCGUUGAGAAGGUUUUCAACACCCCUGAUGGAAAGCCCAGCAAAUGGUGGAUGUGUUUCCAGAAACGAAAGUUUAUGGGAAAAAGUCUAUCUUAA